AUGAUCAUGACACCUGAUGAUAUUCAAGGUGAUUAUACAUGUAAGAUUCAAGUGAAAGAUUAUCGUUAUAAUGGUAAAAAAGUCGAGUAUCAAGUGGUCGUCCAACUUUCUUUCUAUUCCUCACGUGUUCAUACUACUGGUCGUACAAGUUGGCACAUUUGGCGUACAUUUUCAGCAUUUCGUAAAUUGGACGAUCAAUUACGUAAACGUACAUCUUCCUUACUUAAAGGUGUGAAAUUUCCACCACGUUAUCGUCGUCGUACAUUAUUUCGAAUUGUUCAAAGUCGUGAAUUUCUCGAAUCUCGAACUCAAGAAUUGGAUACAUAUAUGCAUGUGAUUACAUCAAAAGCACAAUUAGUAGCAUUUCAUAUGACAGCAGUAAGUAGUCAAACGUUAAAAACAUUUGUGGCUUUUCAUUCGGGAUUUGGUUCAAAUGCUGAAUAUGAACAACAACAUGUUCAUCUUCGACCUUCAUCCUCCAUUUUAGCAUCACCAACAAUUGUACAAACUACAUCAAGUGUUUUAAGUGAUGAAGAUGAUGAUUUUCGUUCCGUUUCAAGUCUUUCAACUGUUUCAUCAUUUACAUCAAAUGUUAGUGAAUAUCGUUGGUCGGGAACCGGUUUUUUAGGAACUCAACAUUUUGUACGACAAAGUGUACCACAAAGUGUUGUACGUACAUCUUUGACUGUACCACGUGAUUCAAUGAUUGGAUCAAAUCGAGGAAGUUGGUUUUCAGCUUCUUUAAAAGUAGGAAAUACUUCAUCAAUUGAUCCAAAACUUGAUCUACAACGUGCUAAAAUGGAAGAUCGUUUACUUCAAUUGGGUCUUGUAGGUGUUGGAAUGCCACCCGAUGGAUCCUGUUUAUUACAUUGUUUGGUUUAUGAAAUGUAUCCGUUACAAUGUCUACAAGAUUAUCCAGCAAAUAUGACAAUUGUUAAUGUUGGUGCAGUUGAUGGAAUGGCACCACGACGAAUUGCAGCCGCACAAUAUUUACGUCAACAAUUAAUGAAUUAUGCCUUAAAUUAUUCCAAAGAAUUGGCACAGUUUCUUUUACAAGAUGAAAAGGAAGUACGUGAACGAUUCGAAACCUUUCGAGAUACAUGUGAUGAACAAGCAACAAUUACGGAAUUAUAUGCUGCUGCAAGUAUGUUCAAUUUAGAAAUUCGAUUGAUUUCAAAUGAUGAAAGUUUUCAAAUUGAUCCUGUUGUUCCAAUUUCUGGAUUACCAACAAGACGUGAUGGAUCAUUUCGUACGGUUACUUUUGGAUAUUUAAUUCCAUCAAAUGGAUUACCUGGUCAUUAUAUUUGUACACGAGAACAUCGUCUUGGCUCAUCAAAUAGUUUUGCAGGUGGAAGUUAUCGUGGAUCAAUCAAAAUUGGUCCACCAAAAUCCAUCAAAUGUCCUGAUUCUCGUCGUUUUGAACGAAUUUCGGAACAACGAAUGGAAUAA